CUUUCCCAGGCAGAGUGGGUGCUGAGUUAGCGUUCAGACCUGGCUACACGGUUACAAUAGAUCGCUCGCACUCCCCCGCCCCCUCCUCUCACACUAUCUGUGUUCGAUUGAUAAGUUAGAGGUCGCUAGUGAUGGCUCAGGCUUCCUGCACCUUCCGCCCCAGCUCGCUCAUUCAGAAAAGUAACUCCAUGUGCUGUGCGUGCGGCCACUUCCUUAUCCCACCAGAGAUCGGCUCUCCCCGACUAAGGCCUCACAAUGAAUGACUUGGACAAUGAAACCACUGCUAAUACUGAAACUACAGAAGAGGAGAAAACGACUGGCCAGGAGCUUGUAAACCCUGAGCACUACAUUAAACAUCCACUACAAAACAGAUGGGCCCUUUGGUUCUUUAAAAAUGACAAAAGCAAAACUUGGCAGGCUAACCUUCGCCUAAUUUCAAAGUUUGACACUGUUGAAGAUUUUUGGGCCCUAUAUAAUCAUAUCCAGUUGUCUAGUAACCUAAUGUCCGGCUGCGACUAUUCUCUCUUUAAGGAUGGUAUUGAACCCAUGUGGGAAGAUGAAAAGAAUAAACGUGGAGGAAGAUGGCUAAUUACCCUUACCAAACAGCAAAGAAGAAAUGACUUGGAUCGUUUUUGGUUAGAAACGCUCAUGUGCCUUAUCGGAGAAUCCUUUGAUGAACACAGUGAAGAUAUUUGUGGAGCUGUUGUAAAUGUUAGAGCAAAAGGAGAUAAAAUAGCAAUCUGGACUACUGAAUGUGAAAACAGGGAUGCUGUUACACAUAUAGGGAGGGUUUACAAGGAAAGAUUAGGACUUCCUCCCAAAGUAGUCCUUGGUUAUCAGUCCCAUGCAGACACAGCUACUAAAAGCGGCUCCACCACUAAAAACAGAUUUGUUGUUUGAGAAGACGCCUUCUGAGUAUUGUUUCAUAGGAGACUGCGUCAAGCAAUCGCGACUUGGGAGCUGUACCAAAGCCUCUACAAAAGCAGAGUGGACUGCAUUUAAAUUUGAUUUCCACCUAAAUAUUGCUAAGAUUUGUGAAAAGUCAUUCGCCUUUUUGUCUUGUGCUAUGUUCAAAACCCCCUAUCCCUUUUUUGUUUUGGUUAUUUUUAUUUUAUUUUUUCCUACAAUUAAGUUAUCUAAUCAAAACAUUUCAGCGAGCAAAUACUUUCCCUUUAAGUAUCCUCAAUUGCUGCCCAAGUUAUCUCUGUAAUAGAAUAUUUAGUUUUCGAACUAUUACAGAAAUAUUUAUCCAGAUUGUGCUCUCGCAUCACCCGCAAGAAAAGGAAUCUUUAUAUUUGCAUUGUAUGCAGUUACAAUAGUUUGCUGAUUUGCAAGGCGGAGGAUUAAAAUGCAUUCAAACUUC